AUCUCGAGGAAAAUCGUGAAAAGUGAACAAGUCGUCGUUUAGAACAAAGUGAACAGUUUACAAUGAUAUAAUUUCACUAAAUAAACAAUUCCAAAGCAGUGCAUUGUUUCCCGUUUGUCUUUGUGACAAACAAUCUAACCUAACAUUUCGGAGCAGUUUCAGUUGUUGGGUAAAAAAAAAAACAAUUUUCACAGUUUUAUCCUUAUACAGUGAGUUAGUUUCUCUGAAUAUUGCCCACAAAAUAAGCCUACAAAAUGUUUCUUUUCAUUAUUGUGUGAAUAAUGUAUAUAAUUCACCUGAAAUCGGGAGCCAUAAACCCAGUGGGACUCUCGAGAUCGAAGAUUCGCAAGAAAUUUAUUCUAAACUCAUCAUCAGUUGUAAUUCGUGAACCGAACUGUUAAAACACCGGUGUUUCGUUUUGUAUUUUUCUAAAAGAGUUAAAUAAUCGAAAGUUUUCCUAAAAUGCGGGAAUCGGGAGUGUUCGAAUUGUUUUGAAUCGAUUGCUGAGAGUUUAUGCAAAAAGUCGCGUGUUCGUGUUUUCAAGUCAAGUUUAUAUUAUUGAGACAGUAUUGUUUAUGGAUAUUGAAAUAUUUUACUUAUGUGAUUUCGGGAUUUUCGGAAAUUUUAAAGUCGCGAGUGUAUGUGCUGUGGCAGAAAAUAUCAUCGUUUGAGAGCAACAUUUCGGAAUGGAGUUUGCAGCGGAUUGCAGCUGAGAAUUUAAAGGGAGCAGUAAUCAACGGCGCAUAUCUUGAUGAAUAUUUGGGGACUUUGAGAGAUCAGUAUCCUUUGUUCGACUCUUCAGGAUGCAUAAACUUCUAA